AUGACUCGUACGACCAUUACGUCUGUCUGUCUCACGUCGCUUUGGAUGGACGACGACUUGCGUGAUGAUGAUGAUGGCAGUGUAAACAGCUAUCAUUUUUAUUCCGUCAUGAACACCUUUGUAAAUCGUCUUCUCAGGCCCGCUACUGGAUCCGGUCUUGCUAGGGCUUCCUCCUAUGGUCAUCACACACAGAGAUGGGCUCACACUGUGAGAUUAAUCGCUCUUGAAGAUCUUCCACAUGGCAAAGCAUAUGAAGGAGAUGUCGUCCGAGUGAAGGCUGGAUAUGCUCGAAACUUUCUGAUCCCUCAAAAGAAGGCAGUAUAUGCAACAGCACAGAACUUUGAACGGCUGGAUAUUAUUGAUCCCGAGGUAGAAACAGAAGAGCAACGUAUUACUCGUUUGGAACGAGCAUCUUCCAUGAGUAAGAAAGAAGAACAAUACUUGAAACAAGCGGAUGUCUUGAAGAAAUAUUUGAAGAACAAAGUGAUGAAGUUAUGGCGAGUGGUUGAUCCAAACACUAUUGAUGCAUUGCAUCCUGGUCAUGUAAAUGCUUCCAACAUUCGUGACAAGCUCGGGAAGCAGCUGAAAAUUGAUCUCGACGAAAGUGAUACACUACACAUCUACUCUGAUACACCUAUGCCUCAUGCUGAAUUAGACGACGCUAAGCUGCAAGCGCUGGUGGAUGAAUUUGAAACAGUUGGAGACUGCAACAAGGAGGUACGAAGGCUUGGUGACUACCUCGCAAAGAUCAGUCUUCCCGGAGGAUAUGCAGUGCCUUUGAAGUUCCAAGUCCUCCAACGAGUUCCAUAG